AUGUGGCAGCUUUUAGCAGCAGCAUACUGGAUGCUCCUUCUUGGACCUAUAUAUGGUUAUCACAAGAAAGGAAGUGUCACAAAUCCUGAAGCUAAUAUGAAUAUUAGCCAGAUUAUUUCCUACUGGGGUUACCCUUGCGAAGAGUAUGAUGUCGUGACGGAAGAUGGUUAUGUCCUUGGAAUUUACCGGAUUCCUUCUGGAAGAGGAUGUCCCAGAGCAACUCCGAGGCCUGUUGUAUAUUUGCAACACGGCUUAAUUGCCUCCGCCACUAACUGGAUCUGCAACCUCCCGAACAACAGCUUGGCUUUCCUUCUGGCAGAUAUCGGUUAUGACGUUUGGAUGGGCAACAGCCGGGGCAACACCUGGUCCAGAAAACACUUGAAACUCUCACCCAAAUCUCGAGAAUACUGGGCCUUCAGCGUGGACGAGAUGGCUAACUAUGACCUUCCAGCCACAAUCAAUUUUAUCGUAGAGAAAACUGGACAAGAGCAACUCUACUAUGUGGGCCACUCCCAAGGGACCACCAUCGCCUUCAUAGCAUUCUCUACAAAUCCAGAGCUGGCUAAAAGGAUUAAGAUAUUUUUUGCAUUGGCUCCAGUCGUCACGGUGAAAUACACCCAAAGUCCUAUGAAAAAACUCACAGCUCUUUCCAGAGAAGUAGUCAAGGCUUUAUUUGGUGACAAGAUGUUCUACCCUCAUACAUUUUUUGACCAAUUCAUUGCCACCAAGGUGUGCAACCGGAAGCUAUUUCGUCAUAUUUGCAGCAACUUCCUAUUUACUUUGAGUGGAUUUGAUCCAACAAACUUAAACAUGAGUCGCUUGGAUGUUUAUUUGGCCCAGAGCUUCACGGGCACGUCUGUUCAGAACAUGCUCCACUGGGCCCAGGCUGCUAAUUCUGGUCUGUUCCAAGCUUUUGACUGGGGAAACCCUGAUCAGAACAUGAUGCACUUUCACCAGCUUACACCUCCCGUAUACGACGUUACAAAGAUGGAGGUGCCAACGGCUGUAUGGAGCAGAGGACAUGACCGUGUGGCUGAUGUCAGGGACGUUGAGAAUUUACUCCCUAAAAUUACCAGGCUUAUUUAUUACAAGUUGAUUUCACACUACAAUCAUGUGGAUUUUUACCUUGGACAGGAUGCACCCCAGGAAAUUUACCAAGACCUUAUUAGACUGAUGGACGAAUGUUUGCAAAAUUAA